GGCAGCUCUUCCAUGAGAAGAUUUUAAAAAGCAGAAGAUUCAAGAGAUCUGGUUGGCAGAGACUACUUUUAAAAAAGGUAAAGCAAGGCUUGACUAAUGCAUACACGAGAGAUGACGGAGACCAUUUUCAUAACAGGAAGAAGAAAAAAAUGCCAGUCGUUUUAAGACGACUGCAGAAAAUAGCUAUUUGUCUGGGAAUUUUUGGUGGUAGUUCGUGUGUUGUUAUGUAUCAUCUUAUGCAAAUCUGUCUCUCUUGCUUAGAAAGUUUUACCAGGACACAGUAUUAUCAGCAGGGUCUUGAGCGGCUUAACAGUGAACCUACAGCCCUGGAAGCGCUAGGUGCGCCCCCACUGAGAGUGCACAGCAUCAGAUUGACGGACAGGAGUAACCGUGUUGACAUGGAAAGAGCGCAGGUAAAGAUACCAGUAUCUGGAACCAAAUCAGCUGGGUAUCUCUUCAUCAAUUCAGAGAGAGAGCCUAACAGCUGGCGUCUCCAGGAUGUUACAUUGAAACUCAGAGAUGGCCAUAACAUUCCAGUAUACCGUUCACCUAUAGAGAAAGCCGAUGGGCAAGAGGAAUAAACAGAGGCAUUGGCUUUGCAAGUCCUGUUCACUUGAAGGAUCUAUUGACUGGUUAUAUCAUACCACGUAUGUUUAAAACAGUCACAAAUGGAUACUUUGCAGCCAGUUCUCUCUAGCGCUGGAUUCUGCGUUGGCAUCCUCUUGGCUUCGUUGAUUUGUGUGUACAGGAGCAACACAAAAUAAAGAUUUUACAAUAGUAUUGUUGCAAAGUAGUUAUGCUGCAUCUUGUAUAUGCUGCUAUCCUGAAUGCUUCUUACCAAAAAAAAAAAAAAGUUGCCAGUAGAUUUUGUCCUCUGAUGAACCUCAAGCUGGACAGCUGUGUUGCUUUCUCCAGGGUCAGGCAGUUAGUCAAAUUGUACAAUUCAGAUUGCCUGACAUAAGUUUGCUUGUUACAGUGAGGAAUUACCUAAAGCAGGACAAAAGCCACUGAAGCAGAGGCAAGAGAAAAGUAGCAGAGUGUGUGCAUCAGUGAUGGAAGUUACUCAUCAUAAUACUAUAUUUUAAUAAAGGCAGGCAUUGUUCUUUGGGUAGAUGUGAUAUCUUUUGUUAGACCAACCAAGUAGUU